AUGUCUUCUGCUCAUGAUGCCACCACCAAGAUCUCCAUUGACAAGUUCGACGGCGACAACUACGCGACAUGGAGCCGCUAUAUGCGUGGCGUGUUCCUGACCAAGUCGACGUGGCACGUGGUGAACCGGGAGACGUCGCCGACCUACGCGGACGAUCGCGCCAUGGACGACUACGUCAAGGCCAACAACGUCGCUUUCGGACUGAUGUUGCUGCACAUGGACGCAGACUACCAUCACAUCGUCGAUGACUGUGAAGAGGCGUGGGUCGCGUGGGCGCGUUUGGAGACGCUGUACGGCGGAUCGCAGAAGGCUGGAAGCAUCUACUUGAAGCGCCAGCUGUUCAGCAUGGAGAUGGCGGAUGGCGGAAAUGUGAUGCAUCAUUGCAACGAAGUCCUCAACAUCAGCACGAAGCUCAGCAGCAUCGGCGCCAAGAUGGAGGACGAGGACGUGGCGAUCUGCUUGUUGCGCAGCCUCCUUAAGAGCUAUGAGAACGUCGUCCUUAUUUUGGAGAUGAGCAGCGCGGAACUGCAAUCGCGAGACGUCGUGAGAGUGCUCACGAAUGAGCACAUCAAGAGGCAAGGUGACAAGACGACAUCGGUGAAGACUGAAGACGCGGCAAAGGCAAGGACGAAAAUCAAGGUGGAGCUCGACGCGGUGGCAUCAACGCUCGUGGACGCGGAGCCAACAACGUUCAGUGGCGAAUCAACAGCAACUACGACGACAACUACGAUCGAGUUGCGUUCGCGGUUUCGCUGGAGGCUGGACUUUCGACGGGCAAGAAUAUGCCAGGGAUGUGGGCAGUCGACAGCGGUGCGACGCAUAACAUCUGCAGCGAACAAGGCCAAGUUUGCAAGCCUGAAUGAGCGAGAGGAAGGCGAACUAUCAGUGGCUGAUGGCAGCAAGGCUGCGAUCAAGGGUGUGGGAACCAUCAUGGAACGGGUGGUUCUGUCCACUGGUGACGAACGCGACAUUGAGAUCAAGGACGCAUUGUUCGUACCAAGUAUGAGCAAGAAUCUGCUUUCGGUGCCACAGAUCAACAAGGGUGGCAGGUUCCAAGUCGUGUUCGAUGGAUCCAAGAUGCAAGUGAAGCGCAAGAAUUCCACACAAGUCGUGGCAACAGCGGAUCUCGUCGAUGGACUUUACUGGCUGCGGACUCCUCAACGAUCGGCAAAUGCAGCAACACGCAAUGGUACUAUCGACUUGCAUGCGCGUAUGGGUCAUGCACCCCUCGAAGUUCUGCGCAAGAUGGCGGCCACUGGCAUGAUCAAGGACGCCAAAGGCACCUCUCAACUCGACUGGUCCAAGUGGUGUGUCACGGUUGCCAGCAAGGAAAAAUGGUCCAAAACCCAUUCCCAAGCAAUCGUGACAAACGCCAAUAUGGUGUCCAGCGGUUGCAUGAAGGGCUUCUGUCUGCGGUCCAAGUCUGAGAGUGAAUACUGUAUCAUGAACCACAUUAUCAAGAUUCAAACUCAGUUCGGCACGAAGAUCAAGUUUGUUCGGCACGAUGGAGCGUAUGAGUUUGCGACCAACUCCAUCAAGACCUUCUACGAAGAUCAUGGUAUCGAACAACAGGUCACGGUGCCGUAUGCACACCAGACCAACGGCACCGCAGAACGCGCGAUAAGGACCAUCGUCACGAUCGGACGCAUCUUGUUGCAUCAUGCAAAGCUGGAGAAGUGUUUCUGGGCUGAAGCGGCAAUGAAGGCGAUCUACAUCAAGAACCGCCUGCCUUCACCCAAGAUCGACCACAAGACUCCGUUCGAGAUCGUGUACAAGUCGAAACCAAGUGUCAAGCACAUGCGCGUGUUUGGAUGUCGGGCGUUUAUCCUGACACCAAGGGAGAAGCGAUUGAAGUGGGACCCGAAGGCUCGUGAAGGGAUAUUCAUGGGCUACGAAGAAGCGUCAAAAGCUUAUCGAGUGUACGACAUUGAGGCGGGCCAAGUGGUGAUCAGUCGUGACAUCACCUUCGACGAAUCGACUUUUGACUUUUCGAUGGACCGACCAAGUGACGAUGAUGAAGAUGCGCAGUUGGACCUCGACCUCCUGGCGAUCAACGAGGACGACGUGCGUCAAACCGUCUACAAGAAGACUGGCAAGCGCAAGAGUGAAGCAAGACCCGGCAUGUCACGUUCAGAUCGCCCUCGAACUGGGUUGGAACAAGCAAGUGCGCCGGAACACGUCUCCAGCCGUCACCAGAAACGACGAUCAAGUGCUCCAGAAACGAUGUCUGAUGACGAAGAAGAUGCAAGCGUCUACGAUCAAGAUGACGACUCGACGCCUCCAACAUUUUGGCGUGCAAGUGCAAACGCAAUGGAAGCAACGGACCUAGCAGAACCUGUGACUUUUCAAGACGCGAUCAAUGGUCCUGAUCAAGCUCACUGGCGAAAUGCUGUGAAGGCGGAACUCAAGUCGAUGCAUAUUCUCGGAGUUUUCCGUGCGGCAAAACUGCCAAGAGGCCAAGGCGCGAUCGGCACCAAGUGGGUGUUUAAGAUUAAGCGCAAAGCGGAUGGAUCGGUCGAGAAAUACAAGGCGCGUCUCGUUGCCAAGGGCUUCAAGCAGAAGUACGGCAUCGACUACACAGAGACGUUUUCGCCCGUGGUCAAGUACGUGACACUGCGCAUGGUGAUCGCGAUCACCAAGUAUUUCGACUGGCCACUGGACCAGCUCGAUGUGGUGACAGCCUUUCUCUACGGAGUGAUGAAGGAGAAGGUGUACUGCGUGAUACCAGAAGGCGUCGAGAUGGAUGGCGACUUCGACUGUCUCGAGUUAGUGAAGGCGAUCUACGGUCUCAAGCAAGCUUCACGUGUGUGGAACGAGACUUUCGACGACUCGCUCGAGUUGAUUGCGCAGACGAAGGCCGACCUCAAGACACGUUUCGAGGUGACCGACAGUGGCAAGUGUACUUUUGUACUGGGCAUCGAACUGGUGGACGAAUCGGAUGGCAGCGUGACGAUGUGCCAGCGACGAUAUGUCAACGACAUCCUCAAGCGUUUCGGCAUGCAUGAGUGCAAGGCCACAGCAAGUCCGGUCGACUUGAGCACUCGGAUUGUCGCAAGCAGCGAAGCGGCCAAUAUCGAUGUUCCGUUUCGUAAAGCAGUGGGAACUUUGAUGCACUUGACGACUGCGACGCGCCCGGACAUUGCGUAUGCUGUGGAGUACGUCUCGCGCUUCAUGGAGAAUCCGCAGCAAGAACAUUGGACGGCGGUGAAGCGCAUCUUUCGUUACUUGCAAGGGACCAAGUCGCACGGACUCCGCUUCCAGCCAAGCGACAAGAUCGACUUUCGUGGCUACACGGACGCGGACUGGGCCGGCGACCACGCUGAUCGCAAGUCGACUUCGGGUUACAUGCUGAUGGGUGCUCCUGUGAGUUGGGGAAGCAAAAAGCAGUCAAGCGUGUCACUGUCGACAAGUGAAGCGGAAUACAUCGCCCUGAGUCUGGUCAUCCAGGAAGGCAAGUGGGUGCAUCGCCUGCUAUGCGAGAUUUUGGCGGCCGCAAACGAACCAGGACCAGACCUCGUCAUCCCCAAGCAUAUCGACAUCAAGUACCAUCACAUCCGUGAUGAGGUCAAGCGCGGUGAAGUGCAGCUCGAGUAUUGCGAGGCUUCCGUGAUGAUGGCGGACAUCAUGAUCAAGGGACUUUCGGGACCUCGCCACAAGGACUUGACGACGGCUCUCGGCAUUCGUGCGAGUUCGGAUUAA